CCUUUCCUUCUCAAAAUUAUUAUUAUUAUUUAAAAAGACUAGUAAUAACUUUUACAUUUAAAAUCAUUCGUAAGAAUAACAAAAAUAUAAAUAUCAACCGCCAUUUUUGUGUGAAGAAGCUCCAUGACCCUAAGGUCCAAGCUUUGACUACAUAUAUAGAUAUAUAUAGAGAGAGGAACAUCAAUACGAUGUCGUCGACGGUGAAAGGAAUGGUGAUAAGGAGUAGUACUACUAUGGAGGUGUGUAAGCAAAGAUUGAUAAGGUGGUCAAAGUCAAAGUAUGUGGAUCAGUACCACAUGUUUGAUCUAAUUGGGAGGAAAACCCGACCCUCGUCUCAACUACUCCGGCGAACACGCGUGGCCUCCGUGACUGGAAUCACAACUCCGUACCCAAAGAGAAGUCAGCCUCGCGGUCAAACCCGAGCUCAAGCUAUUCUUUCCCCUGUUUCUGAUCCAACUACACCAACUGCCAACAAGCGAGUGUUUACUUUCGGAAAAGGAAGGAGUGAAGGGAACAAGGGAAUGAAGUCACUGUUGGGAGGGAAAGGAGCAAACCUGGCGGAAAUGGCGAGCAUUGGCUUGUCUGUGCCGCCUGGACUUACAAUCUCAACAGAAGCAUGCCAAGAGUAUCAGCAGAAUGGCAAGAAGUUGCCAGAAGGUCUUUGGGAAGAGAUUUUGGAAGGGUUGCAGAUUGUGCAAAAUGACAUGGGUUCUGUUCUUGGUGAUCCUUUGAACCCUCUUCUGCUCUCUGUUCGCUCUGGUGCUGCGAUUUCAAUGCCGGGCAUGAUGGACACUGUUCUCAACCUUGGACUAAAUGAUGAGGUGGUUGCUGGUUUGGCUGCCAAGAGCGGAGAGCGCUUCGCUUAUGACUCGUAUAGACGGUUUCUAGACAUGUUUGGAAAUGUUGUUAUGGGCAUACCGCACUCUUCAUUUGAGGAAAAGUUAGAGAAUUUAAAGCAUGUUAAAGGAGUUCAAUUGGAUACAGAUCUAACAGCCUCUGAUCUUAAAGAGCUUGUGGAACAGUACAAGAGUGUCUACCUUCACACUAAAGGGGAAAAGUUUCCCUCAGAUCCAAAACAGCAGUUACAGUUAGCUGUUAAAGCGGUCUUCGACUCUUGGGACAGCCCGAGGGCAAACAAAUACAGAAAUAUCAAUCAGAUAACUGGGCUAAAGGGAACUGCUGUUAACAUUCAAACCAUGGUUUUUGGGAACAUGGGAAAUACUUCAGGGACUGGUGUUUUAUUCACCAGGAAUCCAAGCACCGGUGAAAGGAAGCUUUAUGGAGAGUUUCUCAUCAAUGCUCAGGGAGAGGAUGUAGUAGCUGGAAUCAGGACACCAGAAGACUUGGACACCAUGAAAAAUUGCAUGCCUGAUGCUUACCAGGAGCUUGUGGAGAACUGUGAAAUUCUUGAACGACAUUACAAAGACAUGAUGGACAUAGAGUUCACUGUCCAGGAAAACAGGUUGUGGAUGUUGCAGUGCCGAUCAGGCAAGCGAACUGGUAAAGGAGCAGUAAAGAUAGCUGUAGACAUGGUCAAUGAAGGGCUUGUUGAUACUCCCUCUGCCAUUAAGAUGGUUGAACCCCAGCAUCUUGACCAACUUCUUCAUCCUCAGUUUGAGGAUCCAACUGCUUACUCAGACAAAGUAGUGGCUACUGGUUUGCCUGCAUCUCCUGGAGCUGCAGUAGGACAGAUUGUGUUCAGUGCUGAGGAUGCUGAAACAUGGCAUGCACAAGGAAAGAGUGUCAUCCUGGUAAGAACAGAAACCAGCCCAGAAGAUGUCGGGGGUAUGCAUGCGGCUGCUGGGAUCUUAACAGCAAGAGGUGGCAUGACAUCUCAUGCAGCUGUUGUGGCCCGGGGUUGGGGAAAGUGUUGUGUUUCCGGUUGUUCCGAUAUCCGGGUAAACGAUGCAGAGAAGGUACUUGUAAUUGGGGGACAAGUGAUCAACGAAGGGGAGUGGCUUUCACUUAAUGGAUCCACAGGUGAAGUGAUAUUAGGAAAGCAGCCACUUUCACCACCAGCUAUGAGUAGUGAUCUGGAAACUUUCAUGUCUUGGGCUGAUAAAAUAAGGCAUCUCAAGGUUAUGGCAAAUGCUGAUACCCCUGAAGAUGCUUUAACAGCAAGAAACAAUGGUGCCCAAGGAAUUGGACUUUGCAGGACAGAACACAUGUUCUUUGCUUCAGGUGAGAGAAUAAAGGCUGUGAGAAAGAUGAUAAUGGCAGUCACAACCGAGCAGAGAAAAGCUGCAUUGAAUCUGUUGCUACCUUAUCAAAGAUCAGACUUUGAGGGGAUUUUCCGUGCAAUGGAUGGCCUCCCAGUAACAAUCCGGUUAUUAGAUCCUCCACUUCAUGAAUUCCUACCAGAAGGUGAUCUUGAACAGAUUGUCAGUGAACUAACCGCAGAGACUGGCAUGACUGAGGAUGAAGUUUUUGCAAGAGUCGAGAACCUAUCAGAAGUGAAUCCCAUGCUUGGUUUCCGAGGCUGCAGGCUUGGGAUUUCAUACGCAGAACUCACUGAAAUGCAAGCACGUGCAAUCUUUCAGGCUGCUGUGUCAAUGAGUAGCCAAGGAUUUAAAGUCUUUCCUGAGAUAAUGGUUCCCCUUGUUGGAACACCUCAGGAACUGGGUCAUCAAGUGAGUGUAAUAAGGAGUGUAGCAGAGAAAGUUUUCUCUGAGAUGGGCUCUUCCUUAAGCUAUAAGGUUGGAACCAUGAUUGAGAUACCUAGAGCUGCUCUUGUUGCAGAUGAGAUUGCAAAAGAAGCAGAGUUCUUCUCCUUUGGUACCAACGAUCUCACACAAAUGACAUUUGGCUAUAGUAGAGAUGAUGUUGGGAAGUUUCUACCAAUUUACCUCUCCAAAGGAAUUUUGCAAAAUGACCCCUUUGAGGUACUUGAUCAAAGAGGUGUGGGGCAACUCAUUAAGAUGGCCACAGAAAAGGGUCGUGCAGCUAGGCCUAGUUUAAAGGUUGGAAUAUGUGGUGAACAUGGAGGAGAGCCUUCUUCUGUAGCUUUCUUUGCUGAGGCUGGACUUGACUAUGUUUCAUGUUCACCAUUCAGGGUUCCUAUUGCUAGGCUUGCUGCAGCCCAAGUUGCUGUCUCAUAAAAAAGACUGUACAAUAUCUAUAAAUGAUUUUACAUCGUUGUAAAUACACUGUUAAAAUAUCAACUGUGAAAUAAUACAUUACAGUAAUCAUAGAAAGAAAGAAAGAAAAUCAUGCAAAAAGUGAAUAAAUGUAUUGUUUAAUAUGAUUCCCAUUUCAAGACUACCUAAGCUGUAGAUUUCCAGCAAAAAAAAACUAAGCUGUAGAUUAUUAAGUGUACAAUGUGCAGGUAUUAAUACAUUAUAAUCAUAAUUUUGGUAUAA